AUGGACUCAAUACCUAAUGGAAACGGCGACGAACUCUACGAAGUUGAGAAGAUACUAACAAAGGCAGUGCAGAAUGGUCAAGAGUAUUACGAGGUAAAGUGGAAAGGCUAUAAUGAAACCUCAUGGGAACCAAUAGAAAACCUCUAGACAGUAAACGGUCCUAGUAAUGAUUACCAAAACCAGAGUACCAGCUCCUAUCUAAGUGUGAAAGAGCAACUCCUUAGAAAAAGAAACCAAGAGAGUAGCAGCCUUAACAAUUAAAUAAAGCAAAACUCAACUACUGAAAAUAGCACUAAUAACUUCAAUAGUGCGCUAAAUAAUUCUAGCAAUUCUCUAUUUUAGGAGAAGAGAAAGAGACUUAAGAAAUCAAGAGACUCUAAAUUCAGAGAAAAUGCCGCACUACCCCAUGAUUUAUAAACUGAAAGCUAAAUCCUUCAUUCCCUGCCACAAUUAAAAAAAUAAAAAACAAGUGAAAAUAGCAGUAGCAUAAGCGAUUAGAGAUUGAAUAAAGAUGCAAGUAUCGUUGCCUAGCAUGCUCAUGACCCUCAUAAUAAUACAAUAAUUGACACAUUUUCAAACUAAAGCCAUGGAGUCAUAAUACCUUCAUCAAACUCAACAACUAGUAACGGGAUUAAUCAAAUGACCAACAUUGACUUAGGCAACUUGCCAAAAAAUGGCACAUUCGAGACAGAUAUGCCAUUACAGAUUCUAAAGGCUCAAUACUAAUGUGGUAGAUUAUUCUUAACUGUGCAAUGGCAGAAGAGACCUAAUGGAGUCUAGCCUGAAGAGACUAUUUACACCAAUAGUGAGAUUAAAAAAUAGAACCCUUUGUUGCUGUGUGAAUUCUAUGAGAAGGUGUGCAAAGUUAAAAAGAGGACUGAGUCGGCUAUUCAAUCUGCAGACAGCUUUAUGAAUAAUAAUAGUACAGGAAUUCAACAUGAAAGAAUAACAAUAAGCUGA